AAAGUAACAUGAAAUUUUAUACAAGCUGUUGUUAUAUUUGUUUGGCAAUAGUUUUUGCAUGUUUUCCUUCUGUGAGAGCAUCCCCUUCAACUAAUUCAAGGAAACGUAGUGUAGAUGAGUAUCAGAGCCUGACAGAGGUGCCAAGAUGGACGCAGGAUAGGCAGCCAUGUCGCAUUCCUUCUGCCGCGAGUACGAAGAAUUCAAGGCUUAUAGGAAUGCAAAGCGCCAUGAGUGGUUCCACGCCAGCAAAGGUGAUUGGAAGGAUGGGUCAGAAUCCGCAAAGAGGAAAUCAACAUCGUCCAGGCGCACACCGGUGGCUAACAAGGCAGGCCAGUACGGUGUAGAGGCGGGCAUUGACUCCUUCUCCACUCCGCCGUCGUCCGACAACGAAGAAGGUGGAGAAGAAAAUGCAGCAGUCGUUCACCCGCGUCUGUAUGCGGAACAGACCAUUCACGACGACAACAACAGCGACGAGCAUUGCUACUCGCCUGAAGCGAAGAAGAGACGACUAAGCUCUAUGUCUAAAGCCCUGGCAGCGGACAGGCCUCCCGGCGAUAGCGUAACAGGGCAUCAUAACCCCACGGCUCAUCAAGCCAAACGGAAACCAAAUCGUCGGCACGCGAGAGGGAAGUCGACACCGCGCGUUGACUUUGAAGAGUGCACGCCCGUGGAUGAUGUGAUUGACUGGAGUGACUCGCAGGCAAGCAGUCAGAGCCAGGACACUAUCAGCAUUGUGCCGGUCUCCACCACGCUGCAGUCACACCUCAAGCACACCCAUCGUCCAAGGCAGUCAGCGGACAGAAAAUCAAAGCGCUCGUCACGUCCACCACCAGCCCAGGCAACAGCCUCCUGGAAGGAGGCUUUCUUUCCGACGGCAUGUGCAGGAACUGGUGAUGGCAGCUCUGUUGCUGACCGGGAAAGUGACACAGGUAUUGGCGGUGGAGAGAGUGAAUCUAAGGAUCAGGUGGGUAUCAUUGACUUUGACUCUGACUUUGAGAGUGUUGAUCUUGCAUUGGGUCAAUCUUCUCAGUCGGAGUCACGCUUACCAAUGCCAGCCGACACCGGUGAUGAACACGACGUGGGAACACACACUGCUGCUCUGGGUGGCAUGGCAGCCAGUGUGGUGGCAGCUCGCAAAGGCUCCAACUGGAUCGAGAAAAUCCGUCCCGUUGGAGAGCUGGCUGAUUGCGAUGCAUCCCUGUUGGACGAUACGCUGGUAGCUGACGCGCUGGCGAAAGAAGGGCUAUCCAGCAAUGCCAGUCAAGUGAUACGUGCCAAGCAUAGUGGAGCAAAGCGUGCUGGGUUUGUCAGAGGUGGCUAUGCUGAGCUGCUGAGCAACCUACUUGGAAAACGUCAAACCGAACUAUCACAAUGCCAGUAUCAACUUCAGAAUGGUCUCUUGCAGAACAUGGACCACCUCGUAGUGGAAGUUCUUGUAAUGUCUGCAUCCAGCUCGGGCUUCAAGUGGGCCUACUGCAAGCAUAUCUCUGGCCGCAUUGCAUCUCCCGUGCCAAGCAGUCACGACGGCUCACCAAUAGCCAGGUCCACCAACAUGGCAGAGGUUGGCGAUGAUCAUCCUGACCGCAGUCUGCUGGUGCUGGCAUUGCCAGUAACCCUGUGCAGGCGUCUAUCGGUGACCACUGGUGUGCAACUGCGCGUCUUUAGACCCUGGAAUGUAUUCAACUUGCGUGACUUCUGCCCACCAAUCCUGCUGUCCACCGAGGUGUGUGAAGUCGUCUCUCCGCCCAUUCUUGUGGAGUCACGCCGUGAUGAUCGUCGACUGGCAGCGCUGGCAUCUGCUGGACUUUGUCCGUACCACCCACAUGAGCCGUGCGACAAGCAACUGGCCAGCGAUGGUGAUGCUCUUGAGAGACAGGUGAAUGCAUCGCUGGUGCAUGCCCCAAGGGGCUUGGUUUCCGGUCAGCAGCCGACCAUGCUCUCUGAUUCCACAUCUAACUGGCCACCCGCUGUAGGUAAUGUGGAUGCUGCGAUUGAUCCAGCACGCCAUUCUGACGGUCAACACCUGUACGAGGUUGGUGGUGCCGGCGGGUUGCAAUCCCUGUGGCGUUCUGCACCGCCGCCUCACUGGCAUGUUAUGAGCGCUAUCGAAGCAGCCGGCGGUUGCGGGCCAGCCAUUGACGGUGGUGUGGCGCCCAUCGGCCGAGUCCAACUCGUGCAUCCCUUCUCCAGCACUGCCAGCCAGUUCAGUCUGGUUCGGCAUGGCAGAUCACUGUUGGAUAUCCGAUGUCAGCAGUUGAGCAGAUCAGCAACAAGCCGGACUGGACGUGUUACUAAAUGGUUGCUAUUGUGCCAGGAUGCAGCAGGUGCUUGCUUUCAAGUUCAGAUUGACGAUGCAAGUGUACCUAUGGAACAUGCCGACCCGACAGAGUUGCUUGGUGAAGUUGUCGAGUUCUCCGAUUUGCAGCUCUUGGAGCGCGUGUCUUUGAAACGAUCACCUUCUUUGCUGUCCCUACUGAAUGUGUUCUCAAGCACCUGCCUUCCUCGACCAACCUUCUCUCAGGCGGACUCUGAGGAUUGGGCUCAAGACCGCUCUGUGCUUGGUGCAACCUUCUAUAGCUUGCACAGUGUGCCUGGCAAGCUGGCUGUGCUGAAUGUGCUGGCAGACACGGAGGAACGUGCAUGUUCCCAUGUCAGGCAGCACCCCACCUGCACUCCAACACUCUCUACGUUCUUACAUGAUAAUGUAAACUGGACCAGGUGGAGUUUCUACGCUCGCUUUAUUGCCCGAUGUGUGGAUGGACAACGCCAUGUCCUGGUCUUGUCGGUGUUUGUUUCUGGUGAUGGAAACUCCCAGCCGCCUGACCAACCAGCCAUGUGUCACUCGACUACCGAUGGCAGCUGUCCCGGCAUGCAGCGUGGCUGCUUUGCUGCCGACGAGUCUUGCGACAGCAGUUCAUCACCACGUUCAAUGGUGGUGCAUGUGUCGGUACGGCCAUCGUGUGUGCUGCCCAUGCUGCUAAUGACACCGUCCUGUGCUGAUGUGGCUGUCCUGGUCAAGAACCUACUUGUGACAUCGCACAGCACAGUCGAGCACUCUGUGACUGAAGCUACCCUCACAGCUGACAUGUACACAUCAGUGUCUGUUGUAUGGCCAGCAAAGGCUCAAGCUAAGACAACACACGUAUCGCCGGCUGACAUUGAUCUCUUCAAGACGCUCAUCUCUUCACCUUGCACCUAUCUUAUCUCCAAUGACAUACAGUCAAUUAAUUUCAUCCAGGUUUCGGGCGAAGUUCUGGAUGUGGAGAAGAGUACAGCAUUCUCUUGGUCAGCCUGUACUGUGUGUGGUGCAGAUGUGGAGGAGACCAGUGAUGGUAUUCCAGUAUCCCUGUACUGCCGACACUGUGGUGCUGUGCUGGAUGAGGCCACUGUCAAACCCUACAUGCAACUCAACGUCUUUCUACUGUGGACCAGCAGAGAGACGGAUUCACAGGCGUCGCCGCCAGCCAAGUACAAGCUGCUAGUGAGACUGGGACAGGAGUCUAUCUCAGCUAUCCUGCCACCGCUCACUGACUCGCAGAAUCCGGAUGUGGGAUACGAUUUCUCACUGAUGAUCGGCAAGCAUCUCCCCAUCAUGACUUGUAUCAUUACCUCUGUCACUGUUGAGGCUGCUGAUUUGAUUUUUGUACGAGCAAGAGAGAUGCCGAAGGCCUAGGCAUUGUCAUGAAGAACAGCCUGGUCGUGUGCGGCUACAAGUACAUGUAUGUCGUUGCAAAUGAGGCAUUGCUCCAUUGUGUUAUUCUCUCUCUCUCUCUCUCUCUCUCUCUCUCUCUCUCUCUCUCUCUUUCCUUCCUCUCUCACUUUCUCUCUCUCUCUCUCUCUCUCUCUCUCUCUUUCUCUCCUCUCUCACUUUUUCUCUCACUUUUUUCUCUCUCUCUCUCUCUUUCCCCCUCUCAUAUCAAUGAACCACAAUACCAUCCUGUUUCACUUGCUUGCGUUUGCUUGUUGUGUAUGCUUUCAAAGCACCGUUGACUCAUGUACAGUACUCUAUUGAAUAUUCGUUUACUGUGUUUUGGACUCUGCACACUUUUAUCCAACUGAAACAAGGGUGUGAUCUACUGAA